AUGUGUAGGUACAUAUAUACUAUUUUCUGUUUAGUGACCCUGGUGUAUAGUGAACAAAAUGUUUCAGUCUAUAAAGGUAUUCUCACACCGGACUGCACGCGAGCUUACUACCGCAUAUUCGUCACACGGAGAGUUCCACCACGAAAUUACUAUUAUUUUCACGAGUACAUUGGUUUGGAUCAAAUAGUUCCGAAUAGUAACCAAGGAAAAAUGGCGACUGCGGAGGUAGAUCUAAACUUUAGAAUUGUUGGAGGGAACAUAGUUUCCAUUGAGGAUGUACCCUACCAGGUACUAUACGGACGAUACUGUGGCGGCAGCCUGAUAGCACCCCAAUGGGUGAUAACUGCCGCACAUUGCAAGGAUAAAGAAACGUUCGUCCUAGCUGGAUCUACUCAACGCAGUAAAGCCAAAAGUUACAACAUUUGUGCACAUUUCAUUCACCCAAAAUGGAAUUCGAGUGAUACUCACUCCCACGACUACGACUAUCAACUCGUACUUUUAGAAACUCCAAUACCAGUGACACGAAAUUCUAGGCCCAUAGCUAUAGGAAGUCUGGAUGACGUCAGACAAGGCAGCAUGGCAUCUAUAAGUGGUUGGGGUCAUUUGCAGUUUAAGAAGAGCAAAAUGCAAGACCUGGUUCGAAGAGUAAAGGUUCCUGUAAUGAAUGACGAGGAGUGUAGAACAUUGCCAAACGGUUAUUUUAAGAACAUCACACCAAGAAUGUUUUGUGCCGGAUACAGAGCUGGCAGCAAAGAUUCUUGUCAGGGAGACUCUGGUGGUCCAGCAGUGAUCAAUGGCAAGCUUGUUGGACUGGUCUCUUUUGGAGUGGGCUGCGCGAUGCCCGACACGCCAGGUGUCUACAGCAAAAUUCCAGUUGUGCGGGACUGGAUUAGAGCCGUCACAGCAUUACCUCUUUGA